CGAACUGAUAGGCAGGCCCGACUGUUGUGUUCUUGUGGCUGUUGACACUGGCAAAGCGGCAGGGGCAUGUACCCACAUAGAUGAACCCAUCACCAUCAGCUUUCCCAGGUAGUAGUGAAAAACGGAAAACAAGCGGUGAAUUUUUAUUUCGGUCAGUUAUCGAGUACUUCUAGAUCAUCUCCGAGCCAAAAAAUGUGAACACGCUUAUUUAUCUUCGUUGCAAUUCCUGAUGCCGCCUGUUGUGUUUGUCAGGGACAGGGUGCAUUCUGGUACUUGAAUGGGUUCGUCGGUUUUUUCCGCUAACAGCCUGCUGCAGCAAAAAGUACUAAAGAUCGGUACAACUACUUCACAGCUGCAAAGCACUUCGGUUCUACUUCUUGUGAGUCUAGGCAAAAAUUUCUGCAAAGCCUAGUGCAGCUAGAUAUCACGACCAGACCUUGGUAGCAGGGAUCAUGAAAACGCUUGUGUUGAAUAAACAGGCUUCUCGGUGACGGUGUCGGUGCAACAGAAACCGCAAGAACUUGCAAAAGCAGCAGAACCAUCGGAGCAGAUGAUUUACAAUGUUGUCGCAUUCAGCUUCGGUCUGCCGUGUGCUGCUGUAGUUUUGAUAUUGCAAACAGCGACAGAACCAAGUAAUUUAUCAUUAUUACGUCGUGUCCUCGACCUCAUGUCAGCAUUGAGGCGUAAAAAAUAUUAUCAGAAUGUUUUACUUAAAAACAUUCGCAUUUAUCCACAUCUGUCAGCUACGCUGAGAAAUUCUGGCGCUUGUCCUUCUAUGCGGGAGCAUAGUAUACGACGCAAAUCCGCAAAAAAACUCUAUCUCCUUAGCACACGACCUCCUCUUUGAAGACACUAGCUACAGAAGCAGAAGCGAAACAACACAAAAUAAAAUACGGCUCGAAUAAAAAACAAUUGUCGACGUAGGAAAGACAACUACGCGAUUGAAGAAAUUAACUUUUCCUCUUUGCACAAGAACAAAUAUCGACAGUAGUCGACAUUCGGCUUUCUUCGAGGACCGAAGGAAAAUUAACUUUUAAAUUUCCAAGCUGACAGUGCUGUGCAGCUGUGCUUGGAUUUGUACCAAAUCUACUGUGAAGCGACAGAAUAGUUGUAGCUCUGUCAGCGCACCAUAUAUAUAAAUCAUCGGGAAGACCGCGCAAAAUAAGCGUCCUACUUUCGCAAGAAAUUAUCAAACGACAUCAAGAAUGACACGGGCCUCUGCCUUGGCUUGUCCUCGCCGCGGGCUGGGGAAACUCGUCGGUGCGCAGGCUGGUUUGCUUCUCGCCGGCACCAGCGGCCAGAUGGAGGUUGGGUGGACUUUCUGUGGGGCCGUCUCGUUGGGUAAGAAAAAAGCGGGGGCGCGCGCUUCCUCGCCCAGUUCCCCCCGCGUAAGUGGGAGGACGCAAGGAGCAGGUUUUCCCGGGGGGAAUGGUGGUCCGACGACGCCCCGUGGAUGGAUGCAACCGCAACUCGGACCGGGAAGAAUCAAAGGUGAUGAUGAACUCCGCGCGGCGAAAGAGAAGGGCCAGUUGCCGGAAACGGUGGACUUUGGGGAUGAUCCGGCAGAAAAAUUUUACAACGAAAACAUCGGCGGGGUGAUGAUUGAUAGACGACCUCAUGAUGAGACGAUACAGCAUGAUUCUACUGGUCGCGAGAUGAGAGGACACGGAUGCGAGAACUAG